AUGGAUCCUGUUUUAACAGCUGGAUACGUGCUAGGUUUAUGCUCUUUGUCGUCAUGCUUCAGAUCCAUUGUUGCACUUCCAGAAAUAGAGUGCAACUUAAGAGGUUUGAUGGCUGGCGGCACAGAUGUUGCGACUACAACUACUCUGUCGUGUGCUCAAUGCGGCAAGCCUGCACAGCUGCAGUGCCCUAAGUGUGUGGAAUUAAAGCUUCCUCGCGAAGCUGCUUCAUUCUGCACACAGGAUUGUUUUAAGGCUUCAUGGAGCACUCAUAAAUCUGUUCAUCUGAAAGCGAAGCUGUCCUCCAUCGGGACAGGAACAGACGACGUGAAGUCAAAUUUGCCUGAGGGUUGGCUAUAUUGCUUGAGGAAAGGGCAGGGUCGAACUUCCAAACUUCCUCAGUUUGAUUGGACAGGGGCGCUAAGGCCAUAUCCCAUUUCUCCUAAGCGUGCUAUACCUGCUCAUGUUGAACAACCAGAUUGGGCAUUAGAUGGCACCCCAAAAAUUGAACCCAACAGUGAUCUUCAACAUGUCGUUGAGAUAAAAAAUCCAGAUCAAAUUCAGAGAAUGCGAGAAACUUGCCGAAUUGGAAGGGAGGUUUUGGAUGCAGCUGCAAGGAUAAUAGCUCCUGGUGUUACAACCGAUGAAAUUGAUCGAGUGGUCCAUGAGGCAACUAUUGCAGCUGGUGGAUACCCAUCUCCUCUGAACUAUCACUUCUUCCCGAAAUCAUGCUGCACGUCAGUUAAUGAGGUCAUCUGCCAUGGAAUUCCUGACGCUAGGAGGUUAGAGGAUGGUGAUAUCGUGAACAUUGAUGUAACUGUGUACUACAAAGGUGUUCAUGGUGAUCUUAAUGAAACGUACUUUGUUGGAAAUGUUGAUGAAGAAUCUCGAAAGCUGGUCCAAUGCACUUAUGAAUGCUUGGAAAAAGCAAUCCAAAUUGUGAAACCUGGUGUGCGAUUUCGUGAAGUUGGAGAAGUUAUUAAUCGACAUGCGACAAUGUCGGGUUUGUCUGUGGUGAAGUCAUAUUGUGGUCACGGUAUUGGGGAGCUUUUCCACUGUGCUCCAAACAUUCCUCACUAUGCAAGAAAUAAAGCAGUUGGUGUGAUGAAGGCUGGACAGACCUUCACCAUUGAACCGAUGAUUAAUGCAGGUGCUUGGCGAGAUCGGAUGUGGCCUGAUGGAUGGACUGCUGUGACUGCAGAUGGCAAACGCAGUGCUCAGUUUGAGCACACUCUGUUGGUGACAGAGACGGGAGUUGAAGUGCUCACUGCACGGCUUCCGACAUCACCAAAAAUGUUCCCAUGGUUAAAUGAAUAA